GCUCGGUGUGUUUUUUUUGUACUGAGCGAGAGGACGGUCGUGUCUGGGUCCGUCUGAUCCAUUCAGCUUUAUAAAAGUAUCUUUUUGAUGGAGCUUAGUUUUCCUUUUGUGUGAGGUGACUUCGCCGUGUCGGCGCCCGCGCCGUUCAGGAUGGGAAAGCGGAGUUUCGGGGAAAGACCGGCGGGGAGAGACGAGCGGCCGGGGAAGCUGAACUCGGCGCCGCAGGUCCUGAGAGAAGGAAGGGGGAGCUCGCCGGAUUACGCAGAGCACAGUUUACUGGAGACUUCAGAUCUUAUAUAAAACACUGAGGCGAACAUUUUUACCUUCCUACGUUUUUACUUUCUCGUUUAAACAGACGUGAGGACUCGGGGCGAACGUUAAACCCGCUGUUGUUGUUGGUUGUUGUUCGGUUAACUUGACGCUACGUCGUGUCGGUUGCUUCGUGUUAUUUGUUUAUAGCCUGUUAGUAAGCUAGCUAGCUUAUAACCUUUAGCUAACGUUAGGUAACUAACCUUGUUCAAACGCUAAGACUGAAUAAGAAACACUUAGUUUUUUGUAUUUAACAGCAAACCUAGUUUUGUUUGUAGGUUAACUAGAUAAACUAUAGCUAGGUAACAACUUUUUUUUUUUUACCAAAUUAACACAAGCUAACUAGUUAACGUUAACUGUUGGACCGGUGUUCUGUCGAGUUAUGCUACCCUUCAAUAUGUGCUUGUAACUGACACUGCGCAUGCGCUGACACAUUGUUUAGUUUUUUUCAUUGGAUGCAUUUAUUUAAUUUUUUUCUAAAAUUCCUCUUCGCGUUUGCGUUGAACAUUUUCAUUUUUUUGGGAUUUGUGGCGUUUAUCUUUUAUCAAAAUAUCAUCCCUACUGUUUAGUUUGGGUUUAUUUAGAUCCUCCUAUGGAUAUACUUAAACUAUGGUAGCACGCUUUAACAAGAAAACACAAAUUGACAGGACACCGGAGCUUUCAGGGCCUUGAUAACCUCACCUACCACAGUCACAGUUCAGCCUACACAUGUAACUGAGAAACUUCAAUGGCUUGGGCUGUGUUGUGCUAUUUCUCUAGAGUAGAUAGUGUUUAUUUAGGUGUUGAUAUCAUUGUUAAUAACCGUUUUAAUUCGGGUUUAAAGUGGUUAAGUAGUCCACGAUAGUGUGAGCUGAGCUUAAUUAAGGUUAGUGCUAGGCUAAAAGGAACCUUGACCUGCGAUUGAGUUAGUUAACUAGAUAUUCAAUUACAUGACUGAAAGCUGCCAACUAAAAAAUACUACAUAGGUUGGCUAGCUAACUAAAUAGCUAAAAACGUCUGCACUUUUUUAGUUUUUAAAAAUUAAUUUAGCUAGCUAUUUAACUAUUUUGUUCAAUCACAUUCGUGGUUCAAACUCAGUUAUUUAGGUUAGCGUUAUCUAAGUUAAAAAAUCAUAAUGGAAACCAGCGUCCAGUCGUCCGCUCACUCCGAGCACUUCCAGCAGCACGAGUUGUCCAACCCCAGCGCCCCGGGCCUCUGCCCAGAAAUGCUGGAGGUGGCCGAGGAGGCUUGUCGGGCUGGUGAUUUCGACCUGGCCGUCGAGAUCUACUCCUCGCAGCUGACCGAGCUCCGGCAGCCUGACCGCGGCUUGUGCCUGCGGAAAGCGGACGCUCUGACUAAAGGUGGCCGCAUCCCUGAGGCGCUGGACUCGUACCGAGCCGCGGCGCAGGUCCGCCGGCUGCGGCCCGAAGAGCUCGGGCUGCUGGUGGAGAGCAUCGCCCGGGCUGUCCGCCUCAAGGAGCUCGGGGAGGGCUGGAAGCCGAAGCCGGGCGGGAGCAACAGUAGUAGGAGCAGCAGCAGUGGGGGAAGCGGUGGCUGCAACGACCUGGAGGAAGAGGAGCAUGUACAACAGCAGCCGCUUGACCUCUUCUCUUGCCAUAUCUGCAGGUGUCUGCUGGUGGACCCCACCACCCUGGAGUGCGGCCACACAUUCUGCAAGCGCUGCCUGGAGGAAGACCCCGCAUUGAAGCAGUGCAAGUCCUGCUGCUUGAAAAUGAAAGUGACUAAAGUGGACCCUAGCAGUGGGUUCAGGCUCAAUGUUGUUCUCAGCGGCCUGCUGGAGAAGUGGUUUGAAGCUGAGAGCAAGUCCAGGAGGUGCUGGAUGGAAGGGGAAAGCCUGUGGAAAAAACAGGAGCUCUCCAGCGCCCUGGAGAAAUACAACAAGGCUGUGGAACUAGCACCCUCGACGUCUAAGCUGCUGGCCCAGAGAGCCGAGCUCCAUAUGGACAUGAAGAAUUUCAGCCAAGCUAUCCAGGAUGGGGACAGCAUGUGUUGGCUCCAGCCAACGUCAGCAAAGGCUCAUUACAUCAAGGCCAAAGCAAUUCGCGGUGCUAAUCGCAGAGAAGAGGCCUUGCAGGAGUUAUUAUAUUGUGUAGCGCUUAAGUCAGACUGGGCGUCUGUGAAAAUGGAAGCACAGAAGGUCUUGUGUGAGAUGUUCUCUUCUGUAUUUGAGGAUGAUGGUCUGGAUACGCCUUUACAUCCACUUCAGGCUACAGGCCCCAACCCUCGCAUCAAACCUUUAGCUCUCCUCGACUCACUUCAUUCUUCCCUGCCUAGAGAUGGAGCUAGAGCUGGCUGCUCCAAGGACUCCCCACUCAGUAGCAGUAAAGCAUGUGACGUUGGCAGUUCCUCGUCCUUUCCCAAACCUGAUGGAAGCUUAGAAGACUCUAAGAGCCUGGCAGCUGUCCUCUCCUCACUGCCUGUACCUGCGGGUCUUAAGAGGAAGUCUCCUGGUGAUGCCAAUGCCUUUGGGCCACCAAGCAAACUUCUUAAACAAGAUCCAGCCUGCUCAUCCCAGACUCCUGUUCCUGUCUCAAAUGGCAGAAGGGAGGUACCUUCCCAGCUUCUGGACAGUUCAGAUAUGGAGUGUUCUUUGUGCAUGAGAUUAUUUUAUGAGCCUGUAACCACUCCCUGUGGACACACGUUCUGCCUCAAGUGUUUGGAACGCUGCCUGGACCACAACCCUAACUGCCCCCUGUGCAAGGAGAACCUCGCAGAGUAUCUGGCCACUAGAGGAUACAAUAAGACCUUUUUGAUGGAGGAGGUGCUUCAGCGCUAUCUGAGUGAGGAGCUGGAAGAGAGGAGGAAAGUUCACGAAGAAGAAAUGAAGGAGCUGUCAAACUUGAAUCUGGAAGUGCCUAUCUUUGUCUGCACAAUGGCAUUUCCCACAAUCCCCUGCCCGCUGCACGUGUUUGAGCCUCGCUAUAGACUGAUGAUCCGCAGAGCUAUGGAGACUGGAACGAAGCAGUUUGGCAUGUGUAUUUCUGAUGAACUAAAAGGGUUUGCGGAUUUUGGCUGCAUGCUGGAGGUGAGAGAUGUGAAGUUCUUCCCUGAUGGGCGCUCUGUGGUGGACACCAUUGGUGUGUCUCGCUUUAAAGUGCUUUCUCAUGGCCAGAGAGAUGGUUACAACACAGCAAAGAUUGAAUAUUUGGAAGACAAGAAGGUUGAGGGGGAGGAGCUGACAGAGCUGUUGAAGCUGCAUGAUUCUGUGUAUGAUCAGGCCACAGCCUGGUUCACCUCUCUCAAAGACAACAUGAAGAGCCAGAUCCUCAGCCACUUUGGCCACUUGCCUUCCAAGGACCCUGACCCACAGGGAAACCCCAGUGGUCCGGCUUGGUGUUGGUGGCUCCUGGCAGUACUGCCUCUGGAGAGCAGAGCCCAGCUCACCAUCCUGGCCAUGACCUCACUGAAAGACCGGCUCAUCGCCAUUCGCCGGGUCCUCAUUUUUGUCACUCGCAAGCGCCCUCGAUGACCACAGCUUUCAUUAUAGCCUUCAUCACCACCAUCAGCAUCAUAAUCAUCGUUAUUAUCAUGUUGUUCAUCAACAUGAGUAACAGGUAGCAGCCCACUGAAGCGGCUUCCAUUGACUGUGGGUGUGUGUCACGUUCAGCUGUGUGUCUUUACUGUAGGAGAAGUACUCAUUCUGCACCUAGUAUGGACUGACUUCUACAACAGAUUGUUUGUUGCUCUGUCAGCGUAACACUUGCUCUUGCUUUAUGCUCUGCCUCGACAAAGGCAGUAUCUCUUGUAGCUUCUUGCAGACUUUGAGUCUGCUCAACUAAAAUCACCUAAAAAAAAAUAAGAACAUUUUGUAUAGAUUCCACUUCUGCUUUUGUGCCUCUUCUUUUUUUUGGUGUGUAUGGCUGACCAAAUGCUUCUCAUGGGCCUUCAAGCACCUUUACUGGCCUGACGGCUUGGUUGUGUUUUCCGAGAAUCCCUGCACUUUAAACGUUUACAUGCAGCAUUUCCGCACCCUUAAAGAAAAGUCCCCAGAGUCACAGGUUUCAAGGCUGAAAUUGUACCAGUCUUCAUUGUAGAAUAACGUUUGUAAUCUACUGUUAGUAAAGUUGACCUAUUUGUUAUGUAAUGUCAUCAUGUUAUAAAUGGCAGUUUAAUCAAAGCUGAAUUGGCCAAGUGGGAGAAUGCGAUCAAAUCAUCGCCAUUAGAAAUGGACAAACUGAUUUGUCUGUGUAUCUGCGAAAAGAUUUAACUGGAGAUGGGCUGAUAUUUGUCGAAUUAGCCAGUCCUGUGUCAGGGGAAGCCACUAGAUGACAAUACAGAGCUGGUAAAAUGCUGUAGACACAGUUUAUGUAGUCUCUGCUCUGUUCAGUCUUUCAGUCUGACUUUCCUUGGAAGUUGGAAUACUGAAAGCAUGAGCUGUUUGGGAAUAUUGUACAAACAUCUCAAUAGAACUUCACACAGUAUUAUUUUAAGAUCGCAAUGUGUGCAUAGUGUAUGAAAAGAAAGCUCUGCUAAGAUCUCUUGGUGGAUCCAUGGUGGAACAAUGUGGUCACACUUUUUAUGCAAUAAUAAUAAAAAUAAUAAUAAUAAUAAUAGAUAUGCUAUUGAAGAAAUUACACUGAUUAUACACUCUCAUAGAAAGUGCUCAAAUGUUUCUUUAAGUGGUGCUCUGCUAUAGAAGAACCAAGAACCAAAUCUUCACAUCAACAAGCGAAGGUUAUUUAACCCCUUAGACACAAUACUGUACAUAAACUGAAACCUCUUUCACAUGCCUGUUAUGACAUUAGAAUCAUGUAUACCUUCAGUUUUAUUGUACCCAAAAUAGAACUCUGUGGGUCUCAACAAUAUACAGUUAGUAAAUUAAACUAUGGAUGGGCAAAUUUGCUAAACGACAAUAACUGAAAACCCCUCUCGAGAGUGCAUCACUCAGCCCAGUAGUAAAUGUUGAAACGCAUUAGAGCUAACAAACACCACUUACCACCCAAAUAAAAUGCACUCCAGGCAGACCAUAAGAAUUAACUGCUACCAAAAGUACAGAGUCAUCUGAAAUAUAUUUAAAGGGUUUUUUGUUAGAUAAUUAUCACAAUAUUGAUCUCAGUUUAUUAAAAAAAAGAAAUACAUUUUGUUCUUAAAUCUAAGUUAAAUGGCAGUUCUAACAAUAAUGUACAACUUUAACCUCUAGUGGGCGGGGUUUAAACGAUACAAAUUGAGCCACUGUCUAUCCACAAUGUGCUCAGAUACAACAGACAUGGUUUAUCAAGAUACAUCUACUAUUCAAAACAUGGUCCUGUAUGGAACCAGCAGUGGUUCUUCAAUAUGGCAUUGCACACAGAAAUAUUUGUAUCUGUUUUUCUUUUUUUAUGAGUGUAAAGGGAGAAAAAUCAGAGCUGGAAAAGUACAAUUUUCUACUUUUCCAUUUUGAAAUAUAGGGAUCAUGCGUAUUGAUUUAUGGGUGUACAGUACAGUUAUGUUUUUGUCAUAUAAUGUAUGAAAGAUGAGGAUUGUUGUUCUGCAUGCAUUGGCGUGAUAUGGGUAAGUGGCCAUUAAAGAGGUAAUUCAUUGGUCCACUUUAUCACUCUUUACCACCUGCAUUCAUCUAAAAACAUGAAGGACAUAAAUGUGUAUAAAGACGUGUGAAGAUGUACUUUGGAAUUGUUCUAGUCACUAAUUCCCGUGUGUGUAUUGUAGUAUAUAAUGUAGUUUAUUUGUGUGUGGUGCACCGUUUUGUGGACAGAUUUGCCUGUUUGUCCAUGUGACUCAUCUGUGUACAGACAAAUCGGAGGCCUUCGACUCUUUUUCUUUUUCUUUUUGUUUGUUUUUUUAAACGUGAAUGUCUUUCUUUUCUUUUGUGGUGUUGGACUCCCUCUUUCAUGUGUAUCUAUUCUUUUUUUUUUUCUUCUUUUUUUUCUUUUUUUUUCAUGUACCAUCUCCUGUUGGUAUCUACACAAAUGCUGCAUUUUUUCAUGUAAAUUUGUAUGUUAAGAUGAAAUUAAACUUAAUUUUGUAUUUUAAAUCAA